UACAUUUUUCUACAGGCACAUUAAGAUGCUGCUUGGGAGGUGUUACGUACCAUAUUACUUUUCUAAAAUAUGCAAAUUCCUGGAUUCCAAAUACGUCUGGCCCAGGAGUUUCACAUAAAGGAUUAUGGUCCAAAUUAAAUGUGAUGCAAACAUUGAUUCAAAGAAUGGACAUAGUAGAGCGUCUGACUUCCCAAAAUCUGAUUUGGACUAAUAUAGAUUAUAUUAUAUAGUCAAUAAAAAAGCAAUCAUGCAAAUCAUUAAGCCAGUAUUUAUUGAACGUUCAUGGGAUAAGUAACAUGGUACCGUGUAAAUGAAGCAUUCACCAGUGAGUACCAUCAGUCUUUUAUAGGUGAACAUCAUUCGCAUCACACAAUUGAUUUACUGACACAUGCUUAACACGUUGGUAUUUAUAAUUUUCCUAGGUUACCAGUAAAUUUUUGGAAGAGGUUCUUUAAUGAAAAUCCCUUUUAUUCUUGUUUUGUUUUUUUUACAGGGUGUUCAUAAGAAUGGAAGCACUGUUUCCUUGCCAGAUUCCUUAUUGCUGUAUCUUAUGAACGUACAUAAUCUUGGGGAAGAGCCUGUGUUUAAUGAUGACAAGCCUGUCACCAGUGUAGCAACAACAGUCUAAGGGCAAAAACGAACAAAAAUAAAGAAGCAUUUAUAAUUAUAUUCAACAAGGAAGUCAUUUCGGUCAACAACUUGUGCUGCAUUAUCUUUCCAAGAUGAACCGAUACACAACCAUGAGACAGCUGGGGGACGGCACUUAUGGGAGUGUGCUGAUGGGCAAGAGUAUCGAAUCAGGGGAGCUGGUAGCCAUCAAAAGAAUGAAGAGAAAGUUCUAUUCUUGGGAUGAAUGUAUGAACUUGAGAGAAGUUAAGUCUCUGAAGAAACUUAAUCAUGCCAAUGUGAUUAAACUGAAAGAAGUUAUCAGAGAAAAUGACCAUCUUUAUUUUAUAUUUGAAUAUAUGAAAGAAAACCUCUAUCAAUUAAUGAAAGACAGAAACAAGUUGUUCCCUGAGUCAGUCAUCAGAAAUAUUAUGUAUCAAAUAUUGCAAGGGCUGGCAUUUAUCCAUAAACAUGGCUUUUUUCAUAGGGAUAUGAAACCAGAAAACUUGCUUUGUAUGGGCCCAGAACUUGUGAAAAUCGCUGACUUUGGACUUGCAAGAGAAUUAAGGUCACAGCCACCGUAUACUGAUUAUGUAUCCACCAGAUGGUAUCGUGCUCCUGAAGUUUUAUUAAGAUCUUCAGUUUAUAGCUCUCCCAUUGACAUGUGGGCUGUUGGGAGUAUAAUGGCUGAACUAUACACGUUAAGACCACUUUUCCCAGGGACAAGUGAGGUGGAUGAAAUCUUUAAGAUUUGCCAAGUUUUAGGGACUCCCAAAAAAAGUGACUGGCCAGAAGGGUACCAGCUUGCAUCCUCUAUGAAUUUCCGCUUUCCCCAGUGUGUUCCUAUAAACUUAAAAACUCUUAUUCCCAAUGCCAGUAGUGAAGCUAUUCAGCUUAUGACUGAAAUGUUGAGUUGGGAUCCAAAGAAACGACCAACAGCAAGCCAGGCAUUGAAACACCCAUAUUUUCAAGUUGGUCAAGUAUUAGGCCCUUCCUCACAUCGUCUGGAAUCGAAACAGCCUUUAAAUAAGCAUGUGCAACCACUAGAGUCAAAGCCACCUGUAGCUGAUCUAGAACCUAAGCCUCUGCCAGACAUAAGUGACCAGACUGCCGGGCAGCCCCAGCCGAAAAAUAGCCACCAGCCACUGCAGUCCAUCCAGCCGCCACAGAACACGGGUGUCCAGCAAGCGCCCAAGCAGCAGAGUCAACAGAAACAGCCGCCAACGCUAUUUCCAAGUAUCGUCAAAAACAUGCCAACCAAGCCAAGUGGCACUCUGGGCCAUAAAGGUGCCAGGAGGCGCUGGGGUCAGGCUGUGUUCAAGGCUGAAGACGGCUGGGAAGAGUUUGAGGACUGUGAUGUCGGAGUCUCCCAUUCCAAGAAGCCAAGCAUCAGUGUUUUCAAAGAAACGAGGAAAAAAGAUUCUCCAUUUCGGCUUCCAGAGUCAGUACCUGCAGGCCCCAACCACUCAACAGGGGAAAACAAGAACUUACCCGCUGCUAUUUCCCUAAAAUCUGAUUCUGAAUUGUCAACUGCUUCAACAGCUAAACAGUACUAUUUGAAACAAUCAAGAUACCUUCCAGGAGUAAGCCCCAAGAACGUGUCCUUGAUAGCCAGUGGAAAGGAUAUGAACCCAUAUACCUGGAAUAGCCAGUUAUUUCCUAAGUCGUUGGGACCCAUGGGGGCAGAACUUGCUUUCAAAAGGAGUAAUGCAGAAGAAAGCAUAAUUAAACCAAUUGAAAAACUAUCAUGCAAUGAAAGUUUUCCUGAAAAAUUACAGGACUCACAAGGAAAUCUUGGAAGUUAUGCUACUUACAAUCAGUCAGGAUAUAUUCCUUCCUUUCUCAAAAAAGAAGUGGGGUCAGCUGGCCAGAGGAUACACUUAGCAACACUCGGUGCGACCGCUUCAGAAUAUCCCUGGAACACAAAAACUGGUCAGGGGCAGUUUUCAGGACCUACUUAUAAUCCUACAGCCAAGAAUCUAAAUAUUGUGAACCGCGCACAGCCAGUCUCCUCCGUGCACGGGAGGACAGACUGGGUGGCCAAGUACGGAGGCCACCGAUAGGAGUCUGGUGUGAAGUCCCACAGCAUCGCUCCACAGAGUCUGUGCAAGUCCCCUGACCCCGGGAAAUGUCUACAGAUGUCUAUUUCUACUGAGUUCUGGAAGAAAUAUGUCAUAGUGGGUACUCUGAAGAGCAAAACUCAUCUCCUGUUUUCUUUCUUUCCUAGAAAUGAAAUGCAUUUUCUUAGCAUCAUUGCCCACAGUGCUGAUAUAUGGGUAGGACUUUACAAAGUAUUGAAUAAACUAUUUGCCAAAGUGUCAAGUAUUUGAUCUACAAAUUAAUAGAUACUAAGUACAAUAAGAAGCUUUUUAAAAAAAUGCCUCCAGAAAUAAGUGUUUAGAGUGUUUUAUAUUUGCCCAAACUAUUAAAGAUUUCAUCGUUUGGCCUCAGAGGUUUGUUUUGUUUUGGGUUUUUAUAGCAAUUACAUAGAUGUCUGUGGACUGUCAGUUACGGUUCUUAUUUGGCCAAGGUUCUACUCUACCAUUUUGGCAAUGGCAGAAAGAUGGUAAUUUAUCACUUUUCUACUUUGGAAUUAUGGAAGCAAUGAUAAUUCUAAUCUAAAGCAGGACAUCUUUCUUAGAAAUAAAUACUUCUUUAACAUAGAGAUGUCAAAAUCACAUCACCUGAUUUUAGUGGAGAAAGAGUCGAUUGUUCGAUUUUGAUCAAUACAACUGCUAUGAAUUCGUGGUGACUAUCAAACCCAAUGGCUUGAUGACUUCCAAAUUAACCAAGUCAAGGUUCUGUCAUCUUCACAUCAAGUGUGUUCAUCAGACUUUCAAAAUACGUUGUUUCCGUAUUCCCACGAGGCACAAAGAUGAAGUAUACCAGCUCGUCCCCCAAAGCAAACUCCUGCUGCUGCUGCAGGCAGAUCACUGACUCCGCUCUGACCUUCACACUUGCUCUGAAGAGCAAAUGCAUUCAGUUGCUA